CCUCUGGAUGAAAAACUUCCUCCUAACAUCCAACCUAAAGCUGCCCCAUCUCAGUUUAAAACCAUUCCCCCUUCUCCUCUCACUACCCACCCAAUCUGUGGAUGAAGUAGGAAAGGGUGAUUUGCUCUUCACUUCGCACAUCUUGAGCCAGUUUUGUUUAGCUUGCUGUGAUUCAGUGCACUGGGGGAACACAGAAUGAGGAUGGGCAGAUGGCAAGUGUGUUUUCUCUGAGUGUUCAGAUCAACACAGUGAUGUUUGUCAUCGGGAAAGUCUUGGCUGUGAAUGAUUGAUGAUAAUAGGUUGGUGUUUUAGUGGCUUCCAGGCUGUGCUGUUUGCUUAAGUUAAUUACUGACAGACAUUUGUACACAAGCCUGGGUACAGCCCUGGCGUGGUAGGGGUAAAGGAGUAAGCCUGAACUGAGUUGGUGAACCAGAUCAAAGCCCAGAACGUAAUUCAAAUGAAGAUGAGUGUAAUCCUAUGGUUUAUCUCCAUAACAGGCAAAGCAAGAAGCUCUUCUAAAAUUUGUGUUUCUUUUGAUCUCAGAGGAACUAAAAUGCCAGCUUUGUGGUGGAUGGCCCGCAGCUGAAAUGCACGCACCUCAGUGUGAGGAAUAGGGAAGAACGUGAUCUGUGAGAAAGCUGCUACCUCCGUGGACGCCUUCAGGAUGGUCACAGCCGCCAGGUAUUACCCCAAGCUGAUGAGCAUCGUCGGCAACGUCCUCCGUUUCUUGCCUGCCUUUGUGAAGAUGAAGCAGCUGAUAGAAGAGCGCUACGUGGGCAACGUGCUGAUCUGCGACGUGCGGGUUUACGGGGGCAGCCUGCUCAGCCACAAGUACAGCUGGAUCUGCGACGAGCUGAUGGGGGGGGGCGGCCUGCACACCAUGGGCACGUACAUCAUCGACCUGCUGAGCCACCUCGUCGGCAGGAGGGCGCAGAAGGUCCACGGCCUGCUCAAGACUUUUGUGAAGCAGAACACGGCCAUCAGCGGGAUCCGCCACGUCACCGGCGAUGACUUCUGCUUCUUCCAGAUGCUGAUGAGCGAGGGCGUCUGUUGCACCGUGACUCUCAACUUCAACAUGCCCGGAUCGUUCGUUCACGAGGUGAUGGUGGUGGGGUCCAGCGGGCGCCUCGUAGCGCGCGGCACGGACUUGUAUGGGCAGAAGAACACAGCGCUGCAAGAAGAACUGCUGUUCACUGACUCUCUGACUGUCAACAAAGGCCUUUUGGACAAGGGCUUGAAAGACAUCCCGCUGCUCUACCUGAAGGGAACGGUGUACAUGGUGCAAGCGCUGCGGCAGUCUUUCCAAGAGCAGGAAGAUCGCCGGACGUGGGAUCACCAGCCCGUCUCUAUGGCAGCAUCUUUUGAAGAUGGCUUGUACAUGCAGAGCGUGGUGGAGGCCAUUAAGAAAUCCAGCAGGUCGGGGGAGUGGGAGGCUGUGGAGGUCAUGGUGGAGGAACCAGACGCCAACCAAAACCUGUGUGAGGCGCUGCAAAGGAACAACGUGUGAGCGUUGCUGCUUUGGGAAGAUAGGACGGUGAAUGCUUCCAGCUGCAGCUGUACAAAUCCUCUCUGGUUUUUAAGAUUCCUAUUUAAUAAUUUGAGUUUCUUGUUGUUUUUUUAAGCGUGUAAAAUAAUGUCCUGUUCUGAUGGAAACAGUUCCGGUUUAAGACGUUCCGUUUUCACAAGUGUUUAAUUCUUGUCUUGGAGACUUGGGAAAACUUGAAUUGCCCUUUGCACUCGCAGUAGUGAAGUGAAGCAUGGGAUCUGUGCCACUGCAUGGCUGGAGAGGGGACACGGCCCCUCUUGUUUUGUCAGUCCUAAAGUGAGGGUGAGAAGAGCAGGGUCUGGGAGCAUCUGUUGCUCAGACACCUUUGCUUUCUCUCCUGCAAUCGGAUUUAGUUUUACUCCUCAGUAACACUUUAUUAAAGAGUUUAGGGAUGUAACACAUCUCUGAACUGCCAUAGGACAAAGACCAGAAGGAAUACAGUAAAGUUUGUAGAAUAAGAAUUGGCCGUUGGCUUUCUGCAUACCGCAAAUGUCUUUCAAAUUAAUUGAAACCAGUGUGUUGUUUAAAGGAUGCUGUGAGAUCCCAGCUGAUGGUGCUGGGGAAGGCUGUGAUGCUUUGUGCUUUCCUCCCAUAUCUGCAGACAUUAUUCCUUCGACUCGUGACACUGACUGCAUCCAGCAGCCUUUCUGCAUGAGCUCCACGUCCACCGGUUGUGUUUACAGCCUGGCAGCAGCAGAGCUGUGACUGCAGGGCCACCUCCUCACUUCUGUGGCUUCCUGAACUCCUCCCAGGCUCGCAGAUGAGGCUCAGGAUGUCGUUGCCAAUGAAGCUGUAAAACCUUAACCUUCCACGUAUCUGAUGGUGGAGGUCAGGAGGUCUUGCCUACCUCUUGCAGCUCUCCUAUGUGCUGGCUGGGAAGCUGUCACACUACACAUGCUGAUAGCUGAGGAGUCUGCCCUGAACCUCAGACGCUGGAUAUCAGCCCUCUGGUGCUGCCUGCCCUCCUGCAGCUCGUGGCUGUUGGCAGCUGGUGGGUGGCAGUCUGUUCAUUUGGAGAAGAGUUUCUCUCUGAGGCAGGUAUGUGAUAGGGACAGUACAAUUGUAUGACAUGUACUUUGUGUACUUGAAAGCUUUUUUUAAUGUAUUUCCCACUCAGAUGGUAACCCUGUGUAUUUAUGUACGUUAACACGCAAACCACUGUUUCAUAAGCUGGUCCUUCCUGACAAGUGUCUGACUUGUUUUCUACAGAAAUAAACGAAAAAAUAGA